AUGGAGAGCGACAGCUCCGGCGAGAUACUCACCUUGGGCUCCACUGCGUCGCUUCAGCUUGGCCCAGACGACCCUCCCCUGUCACCAGUGCAAGGCCCUGAGUCUCAGCAACAGGCUGCUGCGCCCGAUGAUGUUGAGGAUAGCUCCGAGGAAAAGAGCUUUGAGGAGGUUGACGAGCCGGAGCAGCGCUCCCGCUUCAACGCUACCAGCGACAAGGCUCUGUUAGCUGAAGUCCUCGCCACGCCUCCAUUUGCUGCUGACCGUAAAACAGUAACAGUGCGGAAGACGCGAAACGAAGCCGCUAGCGGCACCAGCGAGGUGCACACAGAGAACGAUGACAUCCUUGAGCAACUUCAGCAGCUCAAGAACGCAGCCGUGGCUGAACAGCAGGAAAAUAAGGCAAAAUCGACCUCUAAAACGCAGGAGCUGGAGACUGCAGGUCAUCUCCUCAUGCAGGCAGCAGAAAAAAGGGUUUCGGAGAGGCUGGCCGCUGGUAAAGAUUCAGGCCAUCCUAAGCGCCGUCGUCUCUCCACGUUGAUUGACCAGGAGCUUGAAGAAGCUAUCGAGCGUAGGAAACUGGAAGCGGAAAAGGUCGAACUUCACCGAGAAGAGCUGCAACUUCGUCGAGAAGAACUCGAGCAGCAACAACGUCAGCAAGACCUGCUACGCGAGCAGAUCCAGCAGCAAGCUGCUCAGACCGAGUCCAUUUUAUAA